CUGACCAGACCCGGCUCUGCCUGUGGAGUUCGGGCCGGCGCGGAAGUGCGCCUGGAGGAGCGGGGGCGCUGGGUGAGGAAGCCGGCCUGAGCCGGAGACACCCUGCCCCCACCACCAGCCGGAGAGGUCGCUUCCAGGACUCCGGAGGCGGAGGUGUCGUUUGAGGGAGUUUUCCUGCCUGUGCCAAUGGUUAGGUUUACGAUUUUGCUCACAGGUGCUGUGAAUUCCACAAAUAAGGAGUAGCUGAAGCCACGCGCGGCCAGACUGGCCUCUCUGACUAGAAUUCAACAAGUUGUUGCCUUAUCUACACAAAUAAGCAAUACCUAAAACUCAGGAAGGACAGACUGCCCUCUCCCCAUUCCCAGACUUCAGUAAGCACUUCCUCCCCACAAACGAGCUGAAUGGCCGCCUCGCCCUCUCUACCUUCCCAGACUUGAGUGGAAAGACUAUCUCCCAGUUGGACAGCGGAUGCCUGGGACUCGUUUCAUUGCUUUCAAAGUUCCUUUGCAAAAGAAAUAUGAAGCAAAGCUUAUGCCAGAAGAAUGCUUUUCUCCUUUGGAUCUUUUUAAUAAAAUUCAAGAACAAAAUGAAGAACUUGGAUUGAUAAUUGAUUUAACAUAUACUCAGCGCUAUUAUAAAGCAGAGGAUUUGCCAGAAACUAUUUCUUACAUAAAAAUUCUUACAGUUGGCCAUCAGGUACCUGACAACAACACUAUUUUUAAGUUCAAAUGUGCAGUUAAAGAAUUUUUAAAGAAAAAUAAAGACAAUGACAAACUUAUUGGUGUCCACUGCACCCAUGGUUUAAACAGGACUGGCUACCUCAUUUGCAGAUAUUUGAUUGAUGUAGAAGGCAUGAGGCCAGAUGAUGCAAUUGAAUUAUUCAACAGGUGCCGGGGGCACUGCAUAGAAAGACAGAACUACAUUGAAAACCUACAGAAUCGUCAUGUCAGAAAGAACCGGAAUGUUAGUACAUCUAGGUCAGGUGAUCUUGAAGACUCAGCACAUCUUAUGGACCAAGUUCACAGCACCAACAAGCCUAUGAGCCAAGGACCUCGGAACAACCAGCCUGCUGGCCGUCCACCACCUUAUCGGCAUUUUCAUACCCAGACCCAGAAUACACAGCAGUCGUUCAGAAAAUUUUCACAAAACCAGAGAGGCCUCAUCCCUCCUCCUGGUCCAGCUGGAGAGGACUAUUCGCAAAGAAGAUUCUUCUGGAACCUGAAGCCAAAUGGCAGUCAAGCAACCCAGAAUAAGAAGUGGACUUCUAGUAGUUACCAAAGACCUUUUUCCCCAGCUUACUGGGGAUGGACUCAGUGAGGCCCACCUGGGGGCUGUUACAGGGGCCAUCUGAGAUCAGAGCUGAACAGAAGACAGCUGGAUGAAUUUUAAUAAAAUCAGGUCAAAGGAAUUAAACAUUUUUUAAACAUUUUUUAACUUUUUAAAAUCUUUUAUUCUUUAAUGUGUGUUAAGUUUAAAGAUGAAUUGCAUUGCUGGUGGAUGCACAGUGAUUAUAGUAGCUCAGAGCUCUUCUCAUUCCAGGCUUCAGCUUUUCUCAAAGAUUUCUGAAUGGAUAAACUAUUAUGAAAUUUUUUAAUUGCCUUUUAUUUUCCCUGUAUAUUUCCUCUGCCCAUGCUUAUAAUACAUAUGUGUAGGUAAAGGUUCAUAGUGUUUUACCAUGUUCUGUUACUGACAGUCUUCACACAUUUCUUUUUUCCGGACCAUUUAAAUUUUCUACUAAAAAUCUAGCCAGGAGACAAUUUCUUUGUCACCUACUCUGUGGGCCUAUGAUUAACGCUCUUUCUUUCCUUGGUGGUCAGCGUUGAAAUUUGAUCAGUUUCUUACUGAACUGCCAGGUUAGCCAUUUAACCCAGAGAAAUUUGUUAAAUUGGUCAAGUAACCAGAGUGCUGGUUAAAUUAUAAUUUAUCUGACAGGGUAGAACUGUCCAGAAGGCUUGGGAAACCUCUGUAGAUCUUAAAGGUUAAACAAACUAAGAAUGACCAUACACCCUUGGUUAUCAGGGUGGUGCUAUCCCUGAGGACCUCUGUUCAGUGGCUCCUACAUCAUAAUGGUGCUCUUCCUCUGGAACAUACUUCAGGCUACUUAGAGGUGCUAAUUACUUCAUCUGUAGAACUCACUCAGGAAGUUGCUCAUCGUGGCACGUCAUUCCACAACAAGUGUUUGGUAAAUGCCUGGGCAACUUGGCUUCCAUCUUUUUUUAAGUUUUUUUUUCUUUUUAAUUUUAUUUAUUAAUUGUGUAUACAGUCUUCUGCCUGCAUGUCAGCAGAGGGCACCAUUCAAGGUGGUUGUGAGCCACCAUGUGGUUGCCGGGAAUUGAACUCAGGACCUCUGGAAGAACAGUCAGUGCUCUUAACCUCUGAGCCAUCUCUCCAGCCCCCUUGGCUUCCAUCUUUAAAAUCUCUGAUUUUGAAAAAAAAAAAACUCUGAUUUUGAGGAUUUGUAAAACUGACCAACUGAUGGUACACAUGAUAGUUCUUUUCUCUCUGUGUAUGAACCUGUGGCAUCUGACCCUGAGAAAGCUCAGCAGUUCAACUAUUCUGGCCUGGGCUAACUUGCUCUUGAUAAUGAUUGCUCUAUGCUCAAGUGAUGAUGGCUCUUAAGGUUUCUCUGUACUUGCCACAUUUAACGGAUUCGAAGUGCUUCUUGCUACAAGCCUUGAACUCACGAGAUCCGCCUGCUUCUGCCUCCCGAGUGCUGGGAUUAAAGGUGUGCGCCACCAAUGCCCGGCUGGUUGUGAGUUCUUUUAAGUCUUCCCUUUCCUUCACAUUUUUGCCUCAUUCGUUUGGCCAUUUUCUGUUGAUACGUCACAAAUUCAUCCUCCAUAUCUGAUAGUAUUAUAAACAAUCUCUGUGAGUAAUGGACCCUUUUGGUUUGACUCCUUUCCUGGAGCUUCUUAAAUGUUCAAGUUAGGUUCCAAGUUCAGUUGGUAGGCCUGCCAUGGUGAAGUAUCAGAUGGGCAAUGCAAUGUACAGGAAUUUUCUGUCUCUCAUAGUUCUGGAUGUGGGAAUGAAGGAGUCAGCAAGAAUUGGUCUUUGUAGAUGGCUGGUGCCUCACUGUCUUCAUGUGGUCUCUGUCUUACUACAUCUCUUCCCACUCAGUCCCUGCCUCCCUCUCUUGAUGUGCUGUGACAGGCACAGAUGAUGUGAGGCUGAGGUACUCCAUAGUUCUCAAGGAUGUCAGUCAUUAGAUCAGGGCUCACUCUAUUGGUCCCCAAAUGCAGUGGUAUUUCAGAUGCUGGGGCUUAGAGCUUUAAUAUAGGAAUUUGAGGAAACACAACUGGAUGCAAAGGAAGCAAGCCCAUUGCCAUUCGUCACACCUGGGACAUAGCUCCUGACCUGGACCCUGGGUACGACCUUUGUGACUGUAAUUUCCCAUUUGAUCAGCUUCUCAGGGCUGGGUGGGAUGUAAAUGGUUUGAGCGGCUGAAUCACAGAAAUACAUGUUCGAUUCUUUCUCUGCUCCUAUAGCUACAGUUUCAGGUAGGCACUUCAGUACAUCUGUUUCUGUUCUGGACUUUCACUCAAAUCCUGUAUUUUCUGAUCUAGAACCUUUGUCUGUGCCCUGUGAUUUUUCUCUUGAAGGCUUAGAGUCUUCUUUAUCUCAGAUGUUAUAAUGUGUUUUCUAUCUACAAUGAUAUAUACCAAGUGAGCCCUUUCAGUCUGGUAAAUUGCAAGAAAAAAUUUUUAAGAUUUAUAUGUUCUUGGUGUUCUGCCUGCGUUUAUGUCUGUGUGAGGGUGUCAGAUCCUCUGGAACUAGAGUUAUAAACAGUUGUGCCAUGUCAGACCUGGAAUCUGAACCUGGGACCUGGAACAGCAGCCAUUGCUCUAACUGCUGAGACAUCUUAUUUAAUGAUAUUGUAUUAGCAUUAACCCCUAACCCUAGGGCAACUUCUAGUUGGACUUUGAUUUUCUUUCCUGAAACUUCUGAUUAAGUUAUAUAUUUUUAUUUAACCUUUUCACAUUAAUUUCUUUUUCUAGUAUUUUUUUCUGAUAUAUUGGGCUGGGGGUGCUGGGAUUGAACCCAGGGGCUUAUACCUCCAGUCCCCUUCUGAUUUAUAUAUCUAAAUGAUUUAUAUAAACAAUAAAAAUAUAAAAGAAAACAUUUUCUGAUACAUAAAUAUAUUAUCUAUAUGCUUAAAAAAAAAACAGACACAGAGUCUCAGUAUGUUGCCUGGGCUGACCUUGAACUCCAGGGCUCAAUUAAUCUUGCCCCAUUCUCUGGAACAGUGGUACACAGGUACAGGCUUAGAAAUAUUAAUUUCUAAGAGUUAGCUCUUUAAUAAUAAAAACAAGCUACAUUUUAUAUCUUGGCUAUUAUGUCUUUAAUAUACUCACAUUAUGAGGGAUCCUAAUUAAACAUCCUUUCUAGUAAAGCUAACAGCUUCCCAGAAUUGUCCUGUGAAAACAAGUCCAUAUGUGUUCUUUCCUCUUGGAAGUGUGAAAUGGCUUAUGGUCUCGGGGUUCCAUGUUGCUCUCCCUGUCAAGGCUUUCUGUAUCUGGCCAGAAGCUGACUUUCAAGUCCUUUGUGGUGUAUUGUGUACCUCUCUGUUUGAAUGCUAGCCAUUUUGUGGUUAUACUAGGUCAUACACUGUCUUAUCUUUCAAGUUGUUCUUUGGCUCUGAGCCUGCUAGCCAUUCGUACUCAACUGUAUGAACCACUCAAGUCUUCUCCCUAACCCUACCCCCAUGAAUGAUCUCUUUCUACACACUGUAUUGCCAUUAUUUAAUUCAUAUAUCAUGCUCCUUUAGGUUCUGUGCCACCAUGUCAGAGUCCCUGACCCCAUCCUGGAUGACAGUUCCCCUUUGUGCAGGGGAGGGGAGGGUACACCCUGUUUUGCCUCCCCAGCACUCCAGAGGCAGAGGUAGAGGCAGGCAGAUCUCUGAAUUCAAAGCCAGCCUGGUCUAGAGGGAGUUCCAGGACAGCCAGAGCUACACAAAGAAACCCUGUCUCAAAAAAACAAACUAAACCAAAGAUUUCCAAGCCAAUUAGGACACAUGACUCUGGGCCUACAUGGUACCUCUAGUUUCACACUGAGUCCUUUUUUUUUUUUUUUUUUAUGGCCCCACUUUAAAGGGGAAUGGUAUACAAUAGGCCAUAGGAUCAGUCUUCCUGAGCUGCUGCCUGAGGGGGAGGUGAUGAUCCAGAAGAGAGUAAAAUCCAGUCCCCUUGAGGAGGAUAGGAAGAGCCUAGCAGGCCAACAGGCCUCUUCUGUGGAUUACUUGCAUAGUUUUCACCUAAUGAGCCUUCCAGAGAAAGUGAAGUCUAAGAGUCCCAUGCCAGGCUGCCUGUGUCUCGUCUUACUAAAGCUGGGCAACAAACACAUUCUAUCUCAUGGCUUUGUACCCUGCUGAAGACCUUUUCCUAAUCUCUCUGUGUGUACAUCAGAAAAUACCAGAUACUUAAUUCUUGCCUCAGGGUCUGCUUACUAGAGGACCUCAGGUGUUUUAUAGAUCUGGCAGUCGUGAGCUCUUAAAAUUGUUUAACCUUACACGAAAUGAUACACCUAGGCUCUUCUACUGACUUAACAUGCUACAGACACUCCAAUCUUUUGAGAACACCAAUAGCAGUUGCACUGAAGGUAACUAUCAAUAAAUUUCAUUUGGGUUUGUAUUUGCAUGACAUGGGGAUUAAGAUUAUACUUAAUUGGCCGGGCGUUGGUGGCGCACACCUUUAUUCCCAGCACUCGGGAGGCAGAGGCAGGCGGAUCUCUGUGAGUUCGAGGCCAGCCUGGUCUACAAAGUGAGUUCCAGGACAGCCUUCAAAGCUACAGAGAAACCCUGUCUGGAAAAACCAAAAAAAAAAAAAAAAAAAAAAAAAAAGAUUAUACUUAAUUUAACACACAAGAGCAAUUGUGAAUGUUUAUGCAAGUUCACCUCACAGCAUAACACUGCCAAGCCUUUUAAACCAACUUGCAUUUGCUAUGUAAUGGUCUCUGGCAUCUGCAGGAAGAGGGGUCAUAGCUCUGAGAUGCCUUUAAAAAAAAACUAAAAUGCAUUUCAUUGUAUAUACACUUACAUGCCCCCUGACAAAGGACUAUACAACAGCCUCAACUCCACCCUCCCAAUUCCUCCAGUUUCUCAGCUCCUCCCAUCAACCCAGCCCCUGGCAACUGCUAAUUUAGUUUCUUCCUCUCAUCUUUUCUAAACUGCUGUGCAGGUGGAAUUAGCAUAGAGACUUCUGGGUGGGGUUCUUUCAUUUAGAUAACUGCUUCUGAGGCCUGUGCUAUACAAUGGAUCUGCUGCUUACUUCCCUCUAUUGCCGAGUUACUCCAUUAUAUGGUUGUCCUGCACAUUGUUUAUUCAUUUACCAGCUAAAAGACUUGAGUAUGUGUGUAGUUUUCUUCUAAACCUGCCAUAGACAUUUUAUGUACAGAGUUUUAUGUGAACAUCUCUUUCCCUUGGAGUGGGAUAGUGAGAUUGCUGCCGUGUAUAUUUAACUUUAUAAUAAACUGUCAAACUUU